CCUCGGCGAGAUGGGGUUCUCUAACUCUCCCCUCUCUCUCUUUCAGUGAAAGAAUUCUUAGCCAAAGCCAAAGAAGAUUUUCUUAAAAAAUGGGAAAGUCCCGCUCAGAACACAGCCCACUUGGAUCACUUUGAACGAAUCAAGACCCUCGGCACGGGCUCCUUCGGGCGGGUGAUGCUGGUGAAACACAAGGAGACCGGGAACCACUAUGCCAUGAAGAUCCUCGAUAAACAGAAGGUGGUAAAGCUGAAACAGAUCGAACAUACCCUGAAUGAAAAGCGCAUCCUGCAAGCCGUCAACUUUCCGUUCCUCGUCAGACUUGAGUUCUCCUUCAAGGACAACUCAAACUUAUACAUGGUCAUGGAGUACGUGCCUGGCGGGGAGAUGUUCUCACACCUACGGCGGAUUGGAAGGUUCAGUGAGCCCCAUGCCCGUUUCUACGCGGCCCAGAUCGUCCUGACCUUCGAAUAUCUGCACUCGCUGGAUCUCAUCUACAGGGACCUGAAGCCGGAGAAUCUGCUCAUCGACCAGCAGGGCUACAUUCAGGUGACAGACUUCGGUUUCGCCAAGCGCGUGAAGGGCCGCACUUGGACCUUAUGUGGGACCCCCGAGUACCUAGCCCCCGAGAUCAUCCUGAGCAAAGGCUACAACAAGGCGGUGGACUGGUGGGCCCUGGGGGUUCUUAUCUAUGAGAUGGCCGCUGGCUACCCGCCCUUCUUCGCAGACCAGCCCAUCCAGAUCUAUGAGAAGAUCGUCUCUGGAAAGGUCCGGUUCCCUUCCCACUUCAGCUCUGACUUGAAGGACCUCCUGCGGAACCUCCUGCAGGUAGAUCUCACCAAGCGCUUUGGCAACCUCAAGAAUGGGGUCAAUGAUAUCAAGAACCACAAGUGGUUUGCCACGACUGACUGGAUCGCCAUCUACCAGAGGAAGGUGGAAGCUCCCUUCAUACCAAAGUUUAAAGGCCCUGGGGAUACAAGUAACUUUGACGACUAUGAAGAAGAAGAAAUCCGGGUCUCCAUCAAUGAGAAGUGUGGCAAGGAGUUUAAUGAGUUUUAGGGGUUUGCCUGUGCCCCCAUGGGUUUUCAUUUCUUUCCUUUUUUUUUUUUUUUUUUUUUUUUUUGGGGGGGGGGGGGGGGGGGGGUUGGAUUGAACAGCCAGAGGGCCCCAGAGUUCCUUGUAUCUAUUUCACCCCCACCCCACCCUCCAGGGUUAGGGGGAGCAGGAAGCCCAGAUAAUCGGAGGGACAGAAACACCAGCUGCUCCCCCUCAUCCCCCUUCGUCCUCCUGCCCCCCUCUCCCAUUUUUCCCUUCCUCCUUCCCCACAGCCCCCUACCCCAGCCCACUUCUGCCUGUUUUAAACGAGUUCCUCAACUCCAGUCAGACCAGGUCUUGCUGGUGUAUCCAGGGACAGGGUGUGGAAAGGGGCUCAAACUCAACUCCAGCCCCCACCCACACCCCCAUCCCACCCAACCACAGGCACCACUUGCUAAGGGCAAAUGAACGAAGCGCCAACUUUCCCUUUGUAGUAAUCCUGCCUGGGAAGGAGAGAUUUUUAGUGACAUGUUUAGUGGGCUGCUUGCUAGAAUUUUUAAAAAACGACUUAAAAUCCUAUUUAAGUUCCACCAGUGCCUCCCUUCCUCCCUUCUCUACUCCCACCCCUCCCAUGUCCCCCCAUUCCCCAAUCCAUUUUAAUGAGAAGCAGACUGACUUUGGAAAGGGAGGCGCUGGGGUUUGAACCUCCCCGCUGAGCUGCUAAUUUCCUCUGGGCCCCUCCCUGGGGGAUCCUCUCUGCCAAUCCUGCGAGGGUCUAGUCCCCUUUAGGAAUCCUCAGCUCUCCUCUUCCCCAACAGACCUGUCUUUACCCUUGGGCUUUGAGAGCCAGACAAAGCAGCUGUCCCUCUCCCUGCCAAAGAGGAGUCAUCCCCCAAAAAGACAAAGGGGGAGCCCCAAGCCCAAGUCUUUCCUCCCAGCAGCAAUUUCCCCCCAACUCCUUAAUUUUAUUCUCCGCUAGAUUUUAAUGUCCAGUUUUCCCUCAGCUCAGUGGGGAGGGCAUACCUGCAAAAGGACACGGAAGAGGCCAAGUGCCCCCACGUCUUGGCCCGGGGUUCAAGGCUAGAGCAGCUGGGGAGGGGCUGCCUGUUUUACUCACCCACCAGCUUCUGCCUCUGCCAUCCUGGGUCCUCCUCCUCCGGCUUAGCUGUCAGCUGUCCAUCACGUCUCCCCCCAGUCUCAUUUGUGCAUUUUUCUCUCUUAAUAGAAAAGUGGGGAGCCCCUUGGGAGCUACCCCGUUCUUCCCCUUAUUUCCCGCUCUCAUAACUUCUCCCCAUCCCAGGAGGAGUUCUCAGGCCUGGGACGGGGCCCCGGGUGGGUUCGGGGGCGAUUCAACCUGUGUGCUGCGAAGGACGAGACUUCCUCUUGAACAGUGUGCUGUUGUAAACAUAUUUGAAAACUAUUACCAAUAAAGUUUUGUU